AAUUAAGGGGAUUAUGUGCAAAUUUUGGAAAUAAAUUAUAUUCAAGAAGUUGAUUUUUUAGAUUGAAGCACUAUAAAGCACGAAUAAUUAUUUUCUUUUAGUAUACUUUUUAUGCUUUAAACCCAAUUUACAGAAUUAAAAAAAAAUACCUCCUACAACUCAAAGAAAACCAUUACCAUGAAUUUAUUUUCACGAUUGAAGCGAUUUGGUGGGGUUGCCACAAAGAACUCCGUGACGCUUCCAGUUAGUGUCGUGUCUAAUAGUUCCACUAACGCAGCUGCCGUAGCACCGACCGAUUCCGCUGAAGUAUAUAAAACUAUAGCUGAAGAUAAACUUCUGGCAGGCAGUUCGAACGCCGUGAAAGUCGACAUGGUCCAGGAUGAGAAGGUGACCUCCAACGAUGGCGCCGACGAGCAGAUGCUGGGCUCCAACGGAGUGGAGGACAAGUUGGCCGAGCGACGCGACGAGGUGAAGUUCAUCAAGGGCGAUCACCAGAACGGCGAUGCCAAGAUCGACAUCGGAACAGUCAACGGAGGCAAGCCAGCCUUCACUGGCAUGAGCAAGGAGGAGCUGAUGAAGUAUGCCAACGAUCCGUUCUGGGUACGUCUUCGCUGGAUUUUCUUUGUGUGCUUCUGGGCCAUUUGGGUGGGGAUGCUGGUGGGAGCCAUUCUGAUCAUCAUCGGAGCACCCAAGUGCGCUGCCCCACAGCCACUGCCCUGGUUCAAGCGCGGACCCCACGCCAAGUUCGGCAGUGUUGAGACGUGCAAGCCACAGGACGUCCAGACGGCCAGGAAGAUUGUGGCCACUGGAGCUAUUUACGAGUUGCCAGCUGCCCUGACCUACGACGUGCGAAAGCCCGAGGUAGAGGAGCAGAUCAAGCACCUGGUGGCUCUGUACCAAGGCAGCGAUACCAGCGUGGUCCUCGAUAUAACGCCCAACUACGCGGCCAAGGAGUCGCGCCUGGUGCAGGAUGCCAUUGCCGAUCCGGAGAAGCGAUCCGCUUUGGUUUACGUCCCCGGAAGAACCAGCCAACCCAACAACUGGCUGAAGGUGGGCGGCAAUCGCAGUGCCUGGGAGAAGCUGGACGACAACUAUGUGCUCUCCCAGUUCGAGGAAGGCCACUACGACCUCAAGAUGAACAGCACCAUCAUAAGGAACGAAUUGGGUGGGGUCUUGAAGCAUCUGGUGACUUUGGGCGUUCGAGGCUUCCGACUCAAGAACAGCAAGUUCUUUGUGCUGUCCGACGGUCUGGAGGAUGAGGUGAACUCGGCGUUCCCCAAGGACCUCAGUCUGGGAGCCAAUGACUACGGUUUCUACGACCACAAGCAGACCACUUUCCAGUCCGGCCUGGGCGAUGUCCUCUAUGACUACUUGACCGUCGUGAAGAACGCUUCCGAAGAGGCUUUCCUCUCGGUGGCCGAGGACGUGAUCCAGCCGCAGGUCUAUCUGCUGAGCGAGGUUCCUGGAGCCUAUGGCAUCGACCUGCCCAUGUACGGUGACUUCGUGAAGGUGCUCAGCAAGCCGAAGCCGGAGAAGUCGCUGCAAAAGGAUCUCCAGAACACACUGUUCCAGGCGGGCAACGACAGUUGGCUGCAGUGGAACUUUGCGGACGUCUAUGCGGACACCCCGCAGGAUCCAUCCGCUCUGGCCAUGUUCCUCUCCCUGUUGCCCGGCGUGCCCGUGGUGUCGGUGGAUGCAGUGGCGUACCAAAACGUGACCGAGGAGACCUACAGGCAGAUCACGUCUCUGCGCAAGUCUGCAUCCUACAUGCACGGAGAGCUGAAACUGUUCAAUGCCGAUCCGCUGGUGGCCUUUUCCAGGCAGAGGAUCAAGUCUGGAAACCCCGGCUACUUUGUCAUUUUCAAUCCAACCGACUCCGUUCAGAUUGGCAACUUUACAGCCGCCGAGAAUCUGCCGGAAAAGAUGACAGUGUCCUAUUUCAGCCAGAACUACAACGACAACAUCGAACUUUCCGGCAGGGUGUCCCACUCGGCCAAGGUGAAUCUCACGGAGCUCAGGGUCGCCCCGCACUCCAGCAUCAUCCUGACCUAUGUGCCAGUGAAGUCGGAGUAAAAUAAAUGCUCCAGCGCCAAUACAAAAAAAAUUAUAAAUUUGUAUACAAUUUGUAUUCAAAAAGAUAUUUGCUUUGCUUACCGUUGAGAUUUAAAGCCUCCAAACAAAGUUUAUAAAAUUAUUUAUUGAGAACUUAUCAGAGUUUUCUGCUUGUUCCAACGCUUGCUAAUUAAAUAAAUAGAAUAUUUGCUUGCAUUUGAAAA